AUGCGGGAUGAGCUCCCGGAGAAUUUCUACAUCCCCAUGGCACUGGAUACUGCCAACUUGACGGCUCUGAGCCCCUUCCUGGUGCCGCAGACCCACUUGGGCAGCCCCGGCCUCUUCAGGGUCAUGGCGGCCUUCAUGUUCAUGCUGAUCACCUUCGGGGUGCCCAUCAACGUCCUCACCAUUGUCUGCACGGCCAAGUACAAGAAGCUUCGCUCACACCUCAACUACAUCCUGGUCAACUUGGCCGUGGCCAACCUGCUGGUGGUCUGCGUGGGCUCCACCACUGCCUUCUACAGCUUCUCCCAGAUGUAUUUCGCUCUGGGCCCCACGGCCUGCAAGAUCGAGGGCUUUGCGGCCACGCUCGGAGGGAUGGUGUCCCUGUGGUCCUUGGCUGUGGUGGCCUUCGAGCGUUUCCUGGUGAUCUGUAAACCCUUGGGCAACUUCACGUUCCGCGGGAGCCACGCCAUCUUCGGCUGCAUCAUCACGUGGGUCUUCGGCCUCGUGGCCUCCGCGCCA